ACACUUUGACAGUAUGCUUUGUCAAACGAAGAGAAGAAUCAAUAUUGUGGUGUUGUCCAUUUGUUCCACACUGACUCUAAUUUUUGCUUGUGACUCCAUUAUAAAUUGCAAAUGUGUUUUUAACAUAUAACCAUCUCUUAUUCGAUUGAUUUGGUUGUUUUUCUUCCAUUUGCAAAGGAAAUAAAUUAGUUUUAACAACACUUUGAACAACAUUUCAGGACAAAAAUGUCAAAACGUACAGCAGACGAUAACAUCGCGGCCAUAGGUGGACAGCCACCUAUAAAAAAGGUGCAGUUUGAGCCACAUUUAAUUGGCCCAGUAUCCACGUUGGAAGAGCUGGAUAUUAAAGUGUUGCAAUUCCAAAACAAAAAACUUGCUCAGCGUAUUGAGCAGCGGAUUCGAUGUGAAGGCGAACUGCGGCAGCGAAUAGAACAAUUGGAAAAACGACAAACUCAAGAUGAUGCAGUUCUGAAUGUGGUCAAUCGAUACUGGAAUCAGCUGAAUGAAGAUAUUCGUGUCUUGUUACAGCGGUUCGAUGCUGAGACAGCUGAUGAGGCUGAAAACAAAAAUGAAAAUGAGGUCACCACUUCAUUUUUAACCCAGCUCUCAACAUGGGACAAAGAGGAAUUGGACGAUAAAUUGGCAAACCGUGUACAAGUUUCGAAGCGUGCGGUAGCUAAAGUAGUUCAAGUUAUUGAUCGCCUGAUGCAGCGAAAUGAAAAAUUCACAAUGAUAUUGAAAGGUCAGUCGGAUGAUGACAGUUUGUCUGUUCCCGACAUCGAAGAUACCUUAAAAGAAACUCAAAUCGAAAUAAUGGCAGAAAAUAGAAACCUACAAAGCUUGAAUACAUCAUUGCAUGAAAAAUACCAUACGAUAUCUUUGAAACUGAAAGAACUUCAAGAUACUUUGACUGGCAAGGAAACUGAAGCAGCUGAGCUGCAUAAUCAAAUUGACGACUUACAAUACGAACUUGAAAAGGUUCGUUUGCGUAACGAUAAGCUUGAAAAUCAUUUGGCCGAAGCUAUCGAAAAGCUAAAGUCGUACCAUCAAUUGCAUGGUGAUCAACCUAACAAGAGUACAUCAGCACCGACUUCUUCGGGGUCAUCAUCAGGUAAAUCUUCUUCUACUACAACUAAUGUUGCAACGCAACAUUUGGAAGAUUUACAGAAAGAAGUCGAAGAAUGUCGCGAACUGGCCAACAAUCGGCUACAAGAACUGGACAAAUUACAUCAAACGCAUCGUGAAGCCCUCAAAGAAGUAGAAAAAUUGAAAAUGGAUAUCCGUCAAUUGCCGGAGUCAGUGAUUGUCGAAACAACCGAGUACAAAUGCUUGCAGUCACAAUUCUCCGUAUUAUACAAUGAAUCGAUGCAGAUUAAAACGAUGUUGGACGAAACACGAAAUCAAUUGCAAACAAGCAAAAAUCAGCAUAUGCGCCAAAUUGGAAUUAUGGAAAGUGAGGAACUUAUAGCUCAAAAGAAAGUACGCAGUGAGAUGAUACAGAUGGAAGACGUUCUAGCACAGAUUCGUAAAGAAUAUGAAACGUUGCGCAUUGAAUUUGAACAAAACAUGGCGGCUAAUGAACAGACUGCUCCAAUUAAUAGAGAAAUGCGGCACUUGAUUACAUCGCUUCAAAAUCAUAAUGGACAACUAAAAGGCGAAGUAUUCCGAUAUAAACGUAAAUACAAAGAUUCAGCGGCAGAAUUAAUGAAAUUGAAGAAGGAGUAUGAUGAUUUAGUUGCUAAGACAAAUGUGUCCGAUGGAAAAAAGUCUGAUAUCAAACAAGAAGGAGCUGUGAUUGGUGUCAAAGAGGAAUCUUCGUCGGAUGGUUCAGCGUCAGUCAAAGAAGAAGCCGGAACCCUGAUAAAAUCCGAAUCAGAUCUUAAUGAAGAUGAGUUAGAAGAAAUCGAGGGCAUGAAAAAAGAAGGAAAUGCUUGCAUUAAGCAAGAAAAGGGUGCAUUUGCUGCCAGCUCUUCCGAUAAAAAAGAUGGCCAGAAUAAUACAGUUAAAGUUGAGAAAGACCCAAAAGAAGCGCAAAGAGCUAAAGAAUUGAAGGUUAACGAAUCUGAAAUGGUUCGCGAUUUGAAAACUCAGUUAAAAAAAGCGCUGAAUGACCAGAAAGAAAUGAAACUGUUGCUGGACAUGUACAAGGGUGUUUCGAAAGAUCAACGGGAUAAGGUUCAGUUGAUGGCCACUGAAAAAAAGCUUCGUUCUGAAAUCGAAGAAUUAAGGAAUCAAAUGAAAAAGAUUCAAGAAAGCAAACGUGAAGAACGCAAGAAAUUAGCCGACGAAGACGCACUGCGGAAAAUAAAACAGUUGGAAGAGCAAAAAUAUGAGCUUCAAAAACAAGUAGCAAGCCAAAAAUCUGCUGAUGGUUCUUGGCCCGGACAUUAUGGGACGCGUCCAUUUGUUGGUUCACAGGAAGAGGAAGCUCUCUUAAAUGAAAUGGAGGUAACUGGACAAGCUUUUGAAGAGAUGCAAGAGCAGAAUUCACGGUUAAUUCAACAAUUACGUGAAAAAGACGAUGCAAAUUUCAAACUGAUGACUGAGCGUAUCAAAGCCAAUCAAAUGCAUAAACUUCUGCGUGAGGAAAAGCAAAUACUCGAAGAUCAGGUUCAAACUCGCGAUGCUCAGAUCGAGGCAUUGCACAUAGUUCUGCGAAAAUUGGAAGAAAAAGAGCGUAUUCUACAGAACACAGUAACAACUAUAGAAAAGGAAUUGACGCUGAGACAGCAAGCGAUGGAAAUGCACAAACGCAAAGCAAUUGAAUCGGCUCAGUCAGCGGCUGAUUUGAAAUUACAUUUGGAAAAAUACCAUUCCCAAAUGAAAGAGGCUCAACAAGUCGUCGCCGAAAAGACAAGCUCUCUUGAGGCUGAAGCUUAUAAAACGAAGCGUUUGCAAGAAGAACUGGCUCAAUUCAAGCGAAAGGUAGAACGCAUGAAGAAAAUUGAAAUGACGGGUACCACCAUCGACGAGGUGAUGAUGGAAGAAAUCCGCGAAUAUAAAGAAACUCUCACUUGCCCAUCGUGUAAGGUAAAACGCAAGGAUGCAGUUCUAUCCAAAUGUUUCCAUGUAUUUUGUUAUGACUGCCUUCGCACUCGCUACGAAACCAGACAACGCAAAUGCCCAAAGUGCAACUGUGCAUUCGGUGCCAACGACUAUCAUCGGCUCUAUUUGUCUACAUAAUAACUUCCAUUUUUCUAUUUUUUCGUCAUUUUCCCAUUUUGUACAACCUACAAGACAUAUUUUAGUAGUAAGAUAAAUGUAUUACUUCAUCUCCUCACAAAAAAUAUUAUUUCAAUAUUCUAAUAAAAAAAUAGCUGUUCGCUUCUAA